AUGGUAUUCAGUAAAGUGUGUCACCUACCAGUGGAAUUAGAACAUCAAGCCUACUGGGCAAUCAAUAAGCUUAAUCUUGACUUAGUGUUAGCAAGACGAAAGCAAUUAGAUCAAUUACAUGAGUUAGAAGAGUUUAGGCUACAUGCCUACGAAAAUGCUAAGCUAUAUAAAGAAAAAACAAAGCAGUGGCAUGAUAAGCAUAUUGUCACUCAAAAUUUUAAACCAGGGCAAAAGGUAGUCCUAUUUAACUCUAGACUCAAGCUCUUUCCAGGAAAGUUGCGGUCUAAGUGGAGUGGACCUUUUGAAGUGGUGCAUAUGACACUGCAUGGAGCUGUGGAAUUAUGGAAUACAAUGAAGAAGUCUAUAUUUUUGGUAAAUGGACAAAGAGUUAAACACUACUUUGGUGAGGAUGUUGACGGUGAUGAGAAAGCCAUAGAACAAGAAGAUGAGUGA